GGGAGAGGGAAGGAACAGGAGUGUGUCUAACCGCACAUUCUUCCCAAAAUAAAAAUUAACAAGAAGAUAGAAGGGCCUCAGGAGUGGAAUCAUUGGCAUUUAUCAACAAUCUCCCAGCAUGAUGGACGCCUGACUGGGAGGCAUAACCAGCCAGGGGGAUGAUUAUCCAUCCAAUUGCUCGGGAAAGAAAAUAAUGUUUUAUCUCUAGGAGUAGAGGUGGGGGUAGAGGGCACUAAUUCCUGUUCCUAAGAGUGUUGCAAGGGGCCUCUCUUUUUCUCUUGUGACUGAUAAGGUGGGAUGUUGUUGAAAAGCACCUGUUUGGAAAGUUCAAAGGGUUUCCAGAGUGAGAGAAAAGAAUUUGAACCAAAGCUGGUGGUAUGGGGGAGAGCUGAAGGAUAACCUGGGAAGUGCUGGUAAGGGAGGUUUCCGUGUGUGACACCUCCUUGUAUGUGAGAGAAGUUUAUGAAGCAUCUCCUUUGCUAGUAAACAGCAUGAAGGACAAGUAUUUGUCCUGCCGACUAUUUUCUUAAGUUCAUUAUAGCACAAAAUCAAACAAGUUGUCAAAGAUCACAGCCACAAACUAGAAAAGAAAGAUAGCUGCCCCAGGAACAGGAUUUACCAACAUGAAGCAAUUCUUCAAGGGCUUUUUUCACUUGGGUCUGUGAGAAGUACACCUCCUCCAGGGAUGACAAUGCAAUUGCUCAGAGCUCUGUAAAUCUGCUCCAACGUGGGGCUGUUUGGAAGUGGGUGGGGUUGGUGAGACUUUUCACCUCUGGCUUCUGAUGCUGGCUUCCCCAGGCACGCUAGCACAGCUCUAGAUCCCAAGCUAGCCAGCAGAGAGGAGCAGGCUCGCGUGCUCACUUCGGGGUUGCCUCUGUUUCUCCUUCCUACACUACUGCACGUUGGCUAGGCACGAGAAGGGAGAGGUGCACACCUUCCCAGCUGCAUGUUUCUUGGGAUUCAUCGAGAGCAGGGCAAGCAGGAGAAGACUCUCUACCCUGGGGCUGCUCUAAUAGGAAGAUGAUGGACCCCUGUGAAUGUGCCAGCCAGAGGAAGCCCAGCCUGUCCUUUUCCAUUGAGGAGAUCUUAAAGAAACCUUCUGCCAAUACCACCAGCAACGAAACCAGGAGCAGGAAUAACUACGCUGGGAGAUCUCCAGCUCUAAAAACAGAAUCACCGUGGGCCUUUGAUUUCAGCAGCAGGAGUCAAUUAGAGAAUGACUUCCCUUCAGAUAAAGUGCUUCUCCCUGCCAUGUGUGCUACCCCUGUGUCCAGAGUAAAGAAAGUGCAGGCAGCUCACUGCAGGAGAGCUACUGAGAGCCCACCUUCCUUCCUGGGUGAGGACAUAGGACAUGAACACCUGGAAGGCAAAAGAAAACAUGAGGAAGAGGAAGACCAAUUGUGUGAUUUCCCAGUGGACCAUCCACUUCAUGUUGAGAGGAAAGGGAAACGGAGAAUCCGGACAACGUUCACAGCUGAGCAGCUUCAGGAACUUGAGAAGAUUUUCCAAGUGACUCACUACCCAGAUGUCCAUAUUCGCAAUCAGUUGGCAGCAAAGAUUAACCUACCAGAAGCCAGAGUUCAGAUCUGGUUCCAGAACCAGCGAGCCAAGUGGAGGAAACAUGAAAAAUUUGGCAACUUUGGUGGCCUUCAACAUCUGACAGAAGUUGAUUUCAUUCCUGCUCCCAAGUCAGAUAUUACAGUUCCUAGCUUGAUGCCGAGGAAGCUUGCAGCCACCAUCCCUUCCAUAGGAUACUACUCACCACUACAAGGGCAGCUGACAACUACUUGGAUGCCCAGCACACUCUCCUACAUCCCCCACCACUUGGAGCUGCUGCCUUUCCCAAAACCAUACUUUUUCUUCAAUGUCCUCCCCGCCUACAGUGCACCACACUCCCACAAGAUGGAACAGAGCAGUAUCUCUACAUAAACAAGGAUGUGGAGGAGCAGGGGACUUGGGGAGCAUGCCUUUAUCAUCCAUGACAGUUUGCAGGGGGCAGGUGCUCUCCUCAAGCAAAUGUGCUGGGAUGAUAAAUGGCAUGAAAUCAGCUUCAUGAGUACCAAAACAAGAAGCUGCAGUCUAGUGAACAUUGACAAGAGCCACCAUGGACUGGGAAGGAGAUCCGUGUUGACCAGAGGAGCAGCAUGUUCUGUAGAAACCAAGCCGUUCAACCAAGAGCGUCUCAACCAAGAGCAUCAAACCCAGAGGGACAGUGCACCGAACUGAAUAGUCCUGCAAAAGAACUUGACUUUUAUUCAGCCCCGAGAUAACACCACAUGACUCAAUUGCACCAAUGCCUUGGAGAAGGGAAUAUACCUGCUGUGAGGAGUAUGUAGCCCCAAAGUCGGGCCAAACAAGAUUUUCCUCCAUAGAUAUAAGUUUCUUUCCUUGGACAUGCUCGUCUUUACUUGGGAAGGAGCAAAGAACAUGUUUAGGUCAAAAUAUCGGACUUUUAAGAUACUUCUGUUUUCCAAAGCAUUUGGUGAGGGAAGGGAGUUGGUUUGGUUUAAUGGAUGUGUUUUUGACUUGAAUAAAGGGACAGAAACAUGAUUUGAGCUUAAAUACAACAGUCUGAGAGGGGCAGCAGGGCUGAGCUCUGGAUUUGGUACUGUGAGUCUCUGGGGGCAAGAGAAUUCUUCAGUUGGUUAAUUAAAAUGCUUAUGAAGAAGCCUCUCAAUUUCUGACCUGAAUUAAGAAAGCUCUAAAACUCCAUCAGAAACAAUAACAAAGAGACGGCCUAACUGAGUUUAAUCUACUAGACAUAAUAGGAUGUUAUGACCCCACAGUUUGGCUUAAUUGUAGAUCAAUAAUGAGAUCGGCCUGCCCAUUUACAAAAUGUCUAUAUGCCCUAUUAUUUGCAUAAUAUUAAUCUCCUUCCAACAUAUGGCUUUUUCCCUGCUUGUCGAGGGUCUAGUGCUCCUUCUGCUCAUGUCUCCACCGACUCAUGGGAAACACUAUUGGAAGGCAUUGUUUAAAGGGUUGCAUCAUUUUCUGUUUUGCAGUCACAACACACAUUGUACACCAAUAGGGGAAUCUGCUGAGCAAAGGCAUUGUCUCCCUCCCAGACAUAUCACUUGUAAGGGUGACCAUUUGUGACACAGUCCGAAUACAAAGCAAAUCAUCACCCGAAUGCUUGCUGAAGAGUCUGCUCUGUGCGUAUGACAGUGCAGGUAGGUAAAUGCCUCUGUAUAGGUUGUAUAUUUAAGAAAUCUCUCUGGAUAGAAUCCAGCUGCCAGGUUUUCAGCUUUUUCCCAGUCACCGAUAGUUACAUAGGGUUCACAGUGAAUUAAUAACUUUUUUGUUCUCUGGCUGGUACCAGCUGUCCCUAUAUUUUACAUUUGAGAGACCUGUAAACAAGUAAGUAGUUGAUUGUUGCAGGGUAAAAAAAUGAAUGAGCAAAACCCUGCCUUGUAUGGACUUCAUUUCUCCAGGCCACAACUAUUCAUCAGAAAUCAGAUAUAUUGUCCCAUUUCCCACAGGUGCUUCAUUUCCUUUUUCCUGCAUUGAGUGAGUCUUUACAGCCUCUUUAUCCCUGGCAUCAUGUCUAUCAUCUAAAGGACAAUCAAGUCAGAUAAAGGUUUUCAGAAUCACAAAGCGGUUAAAGCAGUUAACUGAUUAAAAUCAACUGGAAUUAGUCAUGUUAUUCACCUCUUUCAACUUCAGGUGACUGCAUUGCAGUCUCAUCCUGGUCUCACUUUGUAGAAGGAAAAAUGCUCACACUUGAGUUUCUAGGUUUGAUGAAGUCCAUGCAUUAGUGAAGCUUCCAGGGUCAGAAUUCUCCCUGUCGAAUGGGAUAUGCAUUGGCAUUGUAAUCACAUGAAGGUAAGAAUUUAGAUGACUAUGGGCAUGACUCUCACAGAAGUAGACAAGGGCUGCAAGCCAGCACAGCUCAUCUUGGGGAGUAAUUUGUGCAGCAUUGACAACGAUUCUGUAAUUGUCAUAAUGUGGUUAUUUAUCUUUGAGUGUUUCAGUUUCUCCAGUCUUGUAAAUGAAAUCUAACAACUUUCCUCUAUUAUUCUUUAUUUUGUGACUAGUCCACAUGUGUACCUGAUAAACCCAAUGCCAGGGUCCCUACAUGGCCAGAUGCCUGCCCCAAAUCUGGAAACUCUGCUUCAUGCCUCAGAGGUUAUCUAGAAGCCCUUUUUUGGGGCACAGAGGUGAGAAGUAGAGCUGCUGAGUAAGUUUCAACAGCUUCAUCUUGAAAAAUGAAAGCCUUGGAAUCACUUUUUUUUGGCUCACAGUGCCAAUACUUGGAGAUUUUGUUUUGAUGUAGAACGGUUUUGGGAUUUUUACUUGGGAUUUCUUGUUUAUUUAUAAAAUUCCUAGAUUUCCCACUCAACAGCAGAUCUAGAUUUCAGGAAAUGUGCAGCAUCUCCACUCAUGUAGAUAUAGCUGGUCAAAUUCCAGAGAGAUUUAGUAUUAACAGUUAGUUUUUCACAGAUUUCAUAAUUUCAUUCUGAGGUGAGUGGGACAGUUCCUGUCAUUGGCAUCUUGUUAAAUUCCAGCACUUACAGUUUUCAUCUUAUCUUCAGUGAUGUUGGUAUCUUUUCCUUCCACCAUACCCUGUAUCUAUCCUCUAAGCAAGAAGUAGAAAAGACCACUAAUUUCAUGCCUGUUGUGGUACUCAGAAUGCCAUUUUUGCAUUGUUUUAUACUUUAGUGUUUCCAGAAAAUAUCAAGUUGGACACACUCAGAUUCAGGGGCACCCUAUACCCCACCAAGUCAUUCAGACAUAUAGGAUUGUUCUGGGCACACAUAUACUUUAAACCUGCCUGACAAAGGGCUGUCAGAGGAAGCUGACUACACACUAGCAAUACCUGCCAAGUUGCAGCAAUGGUUUAAUCCUUAUUUCAGAGUAGAAGCAGAGUGAUUCACCUUUCUUUGUAGGUAGCUGGGGAUUUAUCAGGGAAAAAGAAUCAGAUGUGUUCAGUUCUUACCAUACUUAUAUUCUAUGCUUCAGAAUCUAGCAUCUCUGCUAUGCUUGUCCGAGACAGAACUAUGGCCAUCUCAGCAGCGAAAUAGCUGAAAAAAAGUGUGAUUAUAAUCUCUAUCCAAGGGGCCCAGCAGAGAGCUUAGGCUCAAAUAUGGUCACAACAUUUUGUUCCCUUGGCUGAUCUGGAUAACUUCUCCAAGGCAAGGGCCAAUGCGAUGUUGUCCCUCUCUGCUUUGCCCUCAUGAGGCCCUAUCUGGAACAUUCUGUCCAGGCCUGGGUCCCCCAGUACAAGAAACAUGGAGCUUUUGGAGAGGGUCCAGAGGAGGGCCACAAAGAUGAUCAGGGG